CUCACACACACUCUGUGAGCUCUUCUCCGACAGAGGGGAGAGAGGGGAUAAACAGAGGGAGAGAGAGAGACUAUAGGAACGCAGCGGCUCGUGUGUGUGUGCGCGCCCGCGUGUGUGUGUGAACGUACGCUCGCUCGGUGGUAGAAACGACUGGCGGGGCGGAUAUGGAGGGGCUCGGGAGAAACGCUGGGAACUGACCGAGACCGAGACGAAAAAGAGGGAAAGAAAGAAGAGAGAAAAGAGGACGGACGGACAGUACGGAAGGAAGGAAGGACGGAAGGAAAGGAGGAGAGAAGUCUGACAGAGGAGAGGAAGACUCAGAAGAAGGGGCUCGUCUGGAACACAGAAAGAUCCUAAGGAGUGAGCCCUGGGCUGGAUGGGACCCACCAUGCCCCCCAGUAAGAAGGCCCAGAGCCCCAGUAGUGGCGCCAGUGCCUCGCAGGGUAUGAGCCCGCCGUACCGACAAGGGGACGCCGCCACGGCAGCUUCCGAGGCGGAGGCAGCCGACCUCUCGCUGUCCCUGUCCGCAUCCUUCUCCAAGGCCGAGGACGAGGAGCUCACCAGCCUCUCCUGGCUCCACGAGAGCACCGACCUCCUCAAUAGCUUCAGCCACUCGGGGCUGCGUAGCGUCUCCCCCCUGCAGGACCCCGACGGUCAGCACCCGCGCUCGCCCUCUUCCUCGUCUCCCUCCCCGGACGACCCUUUGCUCGGCGACCCGCAUUCGGCGUAUGACUUGGCGGCGGGGGCCAACAGGAAACCGCCGUACUCAUUCAGCUGCCUGAUCUUCAUGGCCAUCGAGGACGCGCCAAACAAGCGGCUGCCGGUGAAGGAUAUCUACGGCUGGAUCCUGGAGCACUUCCCUUACUUUGCAAGCGCCCCCACAGGCUGGAAGAACUCAGUACGCCACAAUCUGUCGCUCAACAAGUGCUUCAAGAAGGUGGACAAAGACCGGAGCCAGAGCAUAGGCAAAGGCUCUCUGUGGUCCAUAGAUCCCGAGUACAGACACAACCUGAUCCAGGCGCUGAAGAAGACGCCGUAUCAUCCUUACUCACCCGGCCUGGCCACCCCCUCCACCUCCCCACCCACCCUGCCUCAGACAUUUCACCACAGUCCUCCAUUGUGGUCGGGGAGUCCCCUCUUCAGAAAGAACGGAGGAGUUCUCUUACAAGUCCCUCGUGGUGUGAUCCAAAAUGGCGCCCGUGUCCGUAACCAGGCACUCUUCCCUGUGAUAAGACCCCUACCUGUAAGCCCUGUGGGGAGCAGAACCUCAGCCAUACGAUCAUCCCUGGGAGAUUAUCUAAGCCGAGGACAGGACAGCCCGUCCCGCUACUCCCCGCCGCUCUGCAGUGAGGACCUCCAGGACGACCACACUUACAGCACUGCCAAAUCCCCCAGCAGGCUGUGCUCCCCUUCCUCCGGGCUGGACGACGACGAUGACAUCAUCGCUGUGGAGAUCCAAUCGGACGUGAAACCCGAGCCCCGGGAGAUCCCGCUAGAUUCUCACAUCACCUCCGCCACCGCCGCUGCUAACUACAUUUCCCAGCAGCCCCUGCGUGGACAGAGACGUAGCUCGGGGCCGGGCGCUGGGACUCUGGCGGGCAGCAGUUUGUGGACCAAAAACCGAGCGAGGGGCAUUAGCGACACGCUGCCCCUGAAGAAGCGGCGCGCAGCGGCGGUGGAGAAGCCGCCGGAGAGUGACGACGAGGAGAUGAAGGAGGCAGCGGGGUCGCUGCUCCACCUGGCGGGGGUCAGAGCCUGCCUCAACAACAUCACAAACCGCACCGCCAAGGGCCAGAAGGAGCAGAAAGACGCCCUGAGAAACUAACACACACCUAGUCACGCAAAACGGACGCUACACAUACACACACACACACACACACACACACACACACACACACACACACACACACACACACAUUAACACACAUACACGAAUAGGUCAACAGGUAACUACAGCAUUAGUCUCCACGGACACGUCUCAUCUCCCUCGAUCUAUCUGCAGGGCAUUAGGUGAAUCCUACUUAUUUGUGGCAAUAUCAAAAAUCUAUGUUUUCCUACAUGUUCAGCAACACUAACAUCAAUGGGUAUUUCUCAUGUGUCUCUGUUGUUUUUGUUGUUUAAAAAGGGGAUGAAAGCCAUAAAAAAAAAAAACAACAACGCAUGUUUUGUCACUAAUUUGGACGACGCGACAAAACCGAAAUCACAUUGAGGAGCGCGCAGUGCACGAACACAAAGGAUGGCUGUUUGUCUUACCCGUUUGUUUCUAUGUAAAUCUGUAGCAAUCUCGCAGUGAUGCCAGCAACAAAAAAAAAAAGACGACGGCAGCGGAGCCUUUUUUCCAAAACGAGACUUAGCGCUCUUCCCCGGGACGCUCGCUCGCAUCACUUCUCCUACAUCCACGAGCACAAAUGUGAGACUGUGCCAAAGAUAAAGCGACCAGGUUGCUUCAUGUAGCCGAUUACGACAGCUGACAAAAAAUGAAAAAAUAUAAAGAAGGCAUAGCAGUAAAGAAGAGCUAAGGGAGGACGACCUAAAGCGUCAAAAAUAAUUGUAAAACCCAAUGUGAUAUAUAUUCAUGCACUUAAGAUUAUUUAACACCACUUAUAAUAGAAGCAUCAUGGGGUUUAUUUCAAGAGCACUCAUAGUAUUUAAGAAUAGAUAUUUUAAAAUGAAAAAAAAAGGUCAUGUUUAUCACCAUAGAGAUGGAUAGUGUGCCGGGUCUGAGGCAAUAUCUCCCUUCAUUUUGUUGUUGUUGUUGCAUAAUGUAAAACGUCCCUGAAUCUUCCCCAGUACUUCUGUCCAUAGACGUAGACACUUGGUAUAGAUAUGGUAGCUGCCAGUUAGCUACAACCACCUUCCUAUUCAUUUGACAAUGUCAAAGAAACUAUAUACAUGAACUGUGGGUUUUUAGAUUUCUGUUUGUGUCUGUUUACCCUCACUCUACCCUCAUAAAGAUAUAAGCAAUUUGUCCCGUGCGGGCAACUCUGUAAAAAGGUUAGAAAAUAUUUUAUUUUUUUCCUUUCUUAAUUGAAGCAAUUUGACCUGCAGGACUUUCUCAGUUAUAUUGCAUGGGUGCUUGUAAAUAAGAUAAAAAGCAAAUCUUUUUUAUUCAAAGAUCAUGUAAGAUAAACAAUGUAUUUAGCAUGAAGCAUGACUUAUUUUCAUAUAAACCUUGAUCCUAGAGGAAAGAAAAAAAGUUUUGCCGCCAAUUCUUAUACCCGUAAUUAUAUUGGAUUUUUUUUUUUUGUUUGUUUUUUUGUUUUGUUUGAAUCUUUUUUGGGUUCUAUUUUUUGCUCUGAGCGGGCUUUCAAAGACACGUCUUCAGGGAGGAGCUUGGGAGAUCACUCUGCACCUCUCGGGCUUCGGGUUCAGGCUCUGUAGGCCAGCUGAAUCACCUCCUAGGGGUGGGCUUCCGUCUUCUUCUGCCUGUACAGUGAUUUUUAGGUGUUCAAUGUUAACCCCAGUGUUAUUUCAGAACACAUCUGUAGAGUGUGUGAGUUUGUGUGCCCAGGAACACACACCCUUUAACAUUGUGCCUGCCUGCCUGCCUGCCCUCAGUACCUCUGUUGUCAUGUCCCCCCCCCCCCCCCGACAUGUUUUUGACCGAACGUUUCUCGUCUUUAUUUAUAACAGUAUUGUUUACUUUUUCUCUCCUGUGUGUAAAUGUACAUGUGUCCUUAUUUUCCCAUCUGCAUAGUCAGUGUAAAUGUUUGGAUCGGACGGGCAUGGGAACUUUGAAAGAACCUCAUAUCUCCAAACUUAGGUGUUGAAAAGAAAGAGGAAUGUAGGAGAGGGCAUAAAUGACUUUUUUAUUUUAUUUACAAACAGUAUUGUUAACCCUUUUAUUAAAGGAAUUACUUGUGGGUGUCAAUCUUGCAUACAUUUUGAUCUCAAAGGUCAAUCCGGAUGUGUUCAUUUAAACAUACUUUGCCAAUCUAAAAGAUAAACACAUGGAAAUCCACAAGGGUCAGUCGGGAGCUUUGUAUAAUUCCACACUGCCAAAGAGUGGUGCAGUUAUGACGUAUGUUUGUAGCCAGGAAGUUGACAUAGCAAGGGCUCCCUCGACAAAAACAUCACUGAAGAUAAGAUCUGUGGCAAACACACGUUUAUGAUACUAACACGUUUUGUUCAGCAGGAUAAUCUCUACAAAUUAACACCACUUUAAUGACUUUAGAAGCGUAAAUGCAAUAGCCAGAAUUAAAAAGCUAACCUUAUGCUAUAAAAAAAACUACAUCACGCUCGCAUAACUCACAACCGCUAAGCUAUUGGCGCCUAAUGUUCGACAUGAUGACGUUUUUUUUGUUUUUUUUCUGGUGUAUUUGAUGUUGUAGAACAAAACCUAAAAGUCUCUUAAGCUUGUGUCAACCACGGUCUUAUUUUAGGCGUCCAAAAACACGUAAAAAGAACCGUUGACUUCCAGACGAGGGAACCUAAAAUGCUAACUCGUUUCCGGGUUUAAGGACUCAUUCCUGCACCACUCCAUUAUUCUGCAAACAGAGUGGUUCCUCUCCACUUGCAGCUUUUCAGGAUAAAAGCAGGCUGGGUUUGGUUGUAGCAGCAGUCACAAGUUAUAUAGUUUUUUUUUUGUCAAGUGAUAGUCAGCGAGCCAAGCAGGCAAACAAAUGCAUGUCCCAUCCACCGGUACAGUCUUUUGCCACCUGUAGCAUGCAUCACUGGCUUUGCAUUUUGUAUGGUAUCCAUGCCGACAUAUUAAAAAAAAAAAGGCUAAAAGGAGACACUGUCUUGUUGUGUGCCAUCCGUCUCUCGUCUGAUUUCUGUCAUAGAGUGCUCCCGCGGCCCAGGUCAAGCACUCUGCUGUAUUUGCAGCAACAAUCCACUGUUGUGGUGACUAAUAACGUGUUCAGCUGGCAAGAGGCAUGUCGAGGGGGAACAAAAUCCACCUUUUCUGCCUCUGACUCACUCUGUGACAUGCAGGAGGGAUGAACUCCUGACCUACGAGUCCUGCAAAAACACACAAAUAUACUAUUAAAGCAAAGAAAAAUACUCACUGCCUAAAAAGCCCCCUAUAACAAGUGUUAGUUUCAACCCUGCCAAACAUACAAAUGAAACGCUCUUAAAAUAUACAGUUGCCAUUUUCUUUAUUUGUUGAUAUGCACGUUUUCAUUUUCUGUUUUGUUUUUCUCUCUCUGACAAAAUUAUCUACAAUACUGCCAUUUUUUUUUUUUGGUGACUGUCUGAGUAUUGGAAAGCCAUAGGUUAGAGAUGUCAAAAUGCAAAACUGUUAUUGAUCUGUGAGAUGUGAUGCAGAGUGCACCCGGGUGUAGUUGUUUAUUUUUUGUUUCGUUUCUGUUUUUUGUUCAGUUAAUGUUCAAUCCUCUCCUUAUUGUGCAAUCAUAUUGCCAAAGAAUGAUUUCAAGACCUAUUUCAUCACUACAUGUAAAUAUCAACGUUGUCCAAUACCGUGGCAAAAAAUAUAUAAAUGUUGUUUUAUUUUGUUUUCCAUUUUCUGAAAAACUGCAAUGAUGUUUAUGUGAUGUAUUGUCUUCCAGUUGGUUGCAAUAAUAAAAAAUACAAGUUGCAGAAGCUUAGUUUGGCUAUUCAUUUAAAAAAGGCAAGGAUAAAACCAUGAUUAUAGAAAAUAAACACAUUUAAAGGGAUAUUUUACCAACAAAAUGACCAAAUGUAUAUAAAUACUCACCUUAAAAACAAAAAAAAUGGUUUUCUCGCAUACCUUUGCUAUGAACAGAGAAUAAAACAUUUAAAAAACAA